GCAAAACGUGUUCUCAGUGGUGUCGAGAAUAUGGCAGAGCUUAAGAACAAACCUGAGGAAGGGGAAAUUGAUUUUGCUGUCGUCGUGUGUCCUUACGGUCUUGUUACUCGCGUGCAUAAGUUGCAUGGAAAUAUUCGACGGGGCGAGUCAAAGCGACCAGGAUGCUGUAAACAGCUUGAGCCGUCUCCUGAAAGCACCAGGUUGGAAUGGAAUGGCCUUAGAUAACCCAGGAAAGAAGGACUUCUCCCACUACGGCCAGAGCUCUGAGCUCGCGAAUAUCCUUCAGAAAAAGGAAUACGGCUUCUUCAUAGAAGCCCACGCCGGUGACGGAGAGAACGGCAGCGUGAGCCUCCUUUUCGAACGCGAUAUGAAAUGGUACGGCCUCCUCGUCGAAGACGACUACGACACGUUCCUGGAACUGCAGGAGAAGGGCAGGAAUUCUUUCACCCUUCACGCCAAACUCUCGACCACAGGUAGAAUGAGGCUCAUCAAAACAAGCAGACGCUUUGUGUGGAUUGACCCCUCAAACUCCCACUGGGAAAUUCCUCUGUACUCUUUGUUCGAGGCCAUGGGGAAUACAGAGGUAGACCUCCUCAUUUUGGAUACCACAGGCACUGAACUGGAGAUCCUCCGAACCUUGCCGUGGGACUCUGUGAAAAUCAGUGUGAUGUGCAUCGCCUACACCCACAUCCCAGGGAACCCUCGAUCCCUGCCCGAUUACUUGAGCCUCAAGGGCUACACCCUCCUCAAGACUCACGUCAAGGACAUGUUCUUCGCCAGCAACGAAUUCUUGCAGAGACAAAAAGGAAACACGAGAAGGUGAAUGAAGGAAGAGUCAUCUUCGAAUUAACAGCUUUUAGAAACGUGCAUCUUUGCCUCUCAGGAAGUUUGGUUUUUGGACAAGUGCAUUUUUACCUCUGGGAUAAUUAUAUAUUUCUGUUUUUGUUCAUCAGUUUUUUUUUGUUUUGUUACCAGAAUUACCCAAAAGCUAAGGGACGUUUCUACAGAUAAAUUCUGUUGAAAGUUAUAAACGUUUUUAAAAAGAAAUUCUCUUAAAAAUUUCGAGAUUUUUUCAGAGAAUAAUUUACAUUUUAGCGGGAUCACAGUCUGGUUCUAGAAUCAGGAUAUCUUUUAAUGCUUUUCAUUGUAAUUGGUACUGAUGUGUGCCAUAAAAAACGGAAGCGUCAUGCUAUUUGUAAAGGAAUACAUAAUUCUCACAGUUAUUUAUUUAAUUAUGCUCAUUGCAAUUGCAGAGGUCAGCUGUUUUUACUGCCAUUUUUCCAGCUAUCAAUUUUUAUCUAUUACAGUUCAUCAAUUUGUAUUAUUAUUACAAGUAAAGCUAUUCUUGCAAUGUUUUUUUUAUUUAUA